AACUUUUCAGUUGUAUAGAAGGUUUUAGCCACAGAAUCAAGAUCUUCCUUCUUUGAUCAGGAAUUCUUCACUGGGGUAAAUAAACAGUCAUAAUUAUACAAUGAAGCUGGUCCAAGAUCAGUGGGCUCCUCACAGCAUGGACAGGGAUGCAGUCCGUAAUUAUGACUCCGAACUGGUAAAGCACAGUGCUUCCGCACGACCAAGGAGAAGGCCUACAGUAAUCACAAGCAAAUGUGGACAAAACCCAUCUCCAUUUUUCCUGGUCCAUUCCAUUGCUAUAGCUCUGGGGAUCCACUUCAUUAUAAUGGUAAUGAUAUGCGGUGCCAUAAUCAUACAUUCAUUAUUGAACAAAGAAGCUCCACUUUCUUUGGAAGAAAGUUAUUGUGGCCCAUGUCCUAAAAACUGGCUAUGUUAUAGAAAUACCUGCUACCAAUUUUUUAAUGAGAGCAAAAGCUGGUACCAGAGCCAAGCUUCGUGUAUGUCUCAAAAUUCCAGUCUCUUGAAGAUAUACAGCAGAGAACACCAGGAUUUCUUAAAAUUGGUGAAGUCUUAUCAUUGGAUGGGGCUAAUACAAAUUCCUGCAAAUGGAUCGUGGCACUGGGAAGAUGGCACCAUUCUCUUACCCAACCAACUAACCAUGGUUGACAUGCAGAAUGGAACAUGUGCAGUUUAUGGCUCGAGUUUUAAAGGUUAUACAGAAAACUGUUUAACUCCAAACACGUACAUCUGCAUGCAGAAGAUUGAGUAAAAGUUUAUGACUUAAAAAAUGUAAAAGAUCCAAACACACAGUAGCCUUGCGCUGAAUGUGCUCCAUGAAGAAAACUUGCAGAAGAAAAUUCCACCAGUAGUUAUUGAAUUAUUUAGCCAUCUACAACCAGACACAAAGAUGACCUUGCAGGGGAAUAAAGGCCAAUAAAUGAAGAACUUGUCUUCUUUAAGAAUGCUUUGUUUAGUUUUCGUAAAAUUGGGGGUAAUGGACAGAUUCAUUUUUGUAUUUAAUAAA